UGAGUUAGUUUCCUCUACGCUGAUCAAGAUGAAGCUGUGUUUGAUUCUCGUCUGUGCAGCUCUUCAAUACACAGAGGCUAAAAAUGUACACAAGGACCUCGUAUUAACCCUGUGCUCUGAUACAGAUAGAGACAAAGAGAUGAUAUGUGGGCUUGAUGGAGAAGAAAUGUUUCACUCUGACUUCUUUCAGGAGAAAGGAGUGAUGACCCUACCGCAGUUCGCUAAUCCUUCCUUCUUUUUGGAAGGAGAUUAUGAACAGGCUGUUUAUAAUAUGGGGUUCUGUAGACAGAACUUGGAUGUUUGUAUAGAAGGUCACAAUUACCCUGCAGAAGUGAAGGUUGCCCCUCAGAGUUCAAUCUACUCCAAGUACGAUGUUCAGCUGGGCUCUAAAAACACCCUCAUCUGUUACGUCACUGGAUUCUACCCACCCCAUGUUGGAGUACAGUGGACCAGGAACAACAUCAAUGUGACGAGUGAAGCCACUCUUAGUAGAAAUUAUCCAACCAGUGAUGGAACUUUCAAGCUGGUCUCCACUCUGAGCUUCACUCCAGAGGAGGGCGACAUCUACACCUGCACUGUGGAGCACACGGCCCUGGACAGACCACUGACCAGAACAUGGGAUGUGCAGGUGGCUCUGCCCGGUGUGGGUCCAGCUGUGUUCUGUGGAGUGGGUCUGGCUGCUGGACUGCUGGGAGUCGCUGUUGGAACUUUCUUCAUCGUCAAAGGAAACAACUGUAACUGAGAAUCAGACUAUAAACAUUUUUAAUGCUUUCAGAUUAGAGGUGAUCAAAUCAUGCGGGAUUUUUUAGUACAAGCUUAAAAAAAAGAGGCUUUCUUCAAUAAAGAAACACUGUGUCCACUCACCGUCCACUCUAUUAGACACUCCUACCUUG